GGAUUUCACUCACGGUUCACCUUCCACCACAGAUCCGAUCUUCGUUCUUAUCCUAUCCUUCCUGCUAUGAGCAGAAACAUUUUUCUUCACUCCACGCUCUCAAGCUCAUAUCGUCUCCCAUCCCAACCAUUAAUGGAGCAUCCGGAGCAGAUGCAAGUGCGUGGAGCCUCAAAUCAAACUGCCCUUGUCCGACCUAUCACGGAUCAUAUGUGGUCAGCAAGUAUUGAGAUUUGGGGACUGAUGCAGGGAAUUGUGCACGAAAAAGAAGAUGAACAGCAUAAACGUGUUUUUUUUCUCUCUAUAACCGGAUACGCUUAUUCCCAUUUCCUCCCAAAGUUUCUUGUCGCUUCAUUUUUUUUCCACCAAACAGACGCUUCAAAUUCAGCUCGCCCAGGACAUGGAUUCUCCACUUAUCCUCAGAGAUUAACUCUUCCAAUUUUUUGAUCAGUGGACCAACUCCGCUCCCGCCAUACUAAAAUAUUUUUCGCUGACUUGUGCGCGCCACCCAGAAAAUAUGGCGGGCUUGGACCCAUAAAGUAAAAACUAACACUGCACGUCGUCCUAUAAUCUAGCUCACGCCGCGGCAUCCUUCCUCCUCCCAUUACGAACCCAGCCUCCCUCCGUUCUCCAAUCGAUCCCGCCGCCGUACACCUGACGCCGGGCGACCCGACUCUGCUGCACAUUGGGGGCAAUGUGGCUGCUCAACAUUGUCGUACGCGUGCCGAGGAUCUGGUCGGUGCUCCUUCCAUCACCGUCGUUGCAGAUUAGAACGGGCCAAAGUCCCUCCAACUCAGGUGAGUGCAUAUGGGAUCCAACGGGUUCUUUCCUCACGUCUUAAUGAUUCUUCCUUUUUGAUUCUCCCAGAAAAUUCGAUUUGGUUACGUUUUAGAGGAUUAGUCGCUAUAUAAUUUAUUCUCAUUCUAAAUUAGGUUGUUGUACAACUGCUAUUUAAAUUAAGUCUGUCUUUGAUUGGCAAGAUUGACAUCCUCUUGUUUUUUCUUUAUGUCUGACAUGACGUUUAAGCACGAUUGUUCAUCCAAUUUUCAUCAAUCUGUUAUUGCUAAAGUACUCCUGGUUUAUCUAAUUAGCAACAAAUUAGAUAUAGUACACACUUAUAUUUUGACGUAGUGUUGUUAGCCAUAUUCUGAAACUCAAUCUGAUGGGUUAAAAACAAUCUAAUAUGAUCUUCAGUUUGUGGAUCAUAUCCGUCCAUGUAUGCUGCUCUGUUUUGUCAGAUAUGUCAGUUACCAACUGGGUUUGUGAAUGCACACAUUGAAUUGUUGAUUCUAGUACUACUGAUUAUGUGUAUGCAUAAUAGAAUUUUUGUUUCUUGAAUUAAAUAAGUUGGUCUGGAACCUUAUUACUCCCCUCAGUUUAUGAAAAAAUAAAUUCUAUAACUAACAAUUAUGUGCCACUUUUCAAAGGAUAGGAUGGCAAACGACCGUAGUUGGAUGUACACUGGGCGUAGGAAUCGGGAUGAGAUUAGUGAGGAGUGGAUGCAGAAAACCACAGAGUUUGUGGAUCAGGCAUUCGCUAGAGAAUCUCAGGACCACGUGCUUUGCCCAUGUAACUAUUGUGGGAAUUCAAGGCCCCAAAUGCGCCAAACAAUGGUCUCACACCUGUGCAAGCAUGGAUUUUUCCCAGAUUAUGACGUGUGGGUAUACCAUGGAGAGACUGGGCAGGUUCGAGAGGAUGUGGUGAGGCAGCGUAUUGAAGAAAUGAAUGACCAUGAAGCUGGUAGGUUAGAUGACAUGAUAGAUGAUGUUCGUGAUGCGUAUGUCUCUGUUGGAGAUGAGGAGCCAGAGCCCACAACACAAGCAUUCUAUACGAUGCUGCGUCCAUCAUCUCAGCCUCUCCAUGAACAUACAACAGUCUCUCAGCUAGAUGCAAUCACUCGACUUCUAGCAGUCAAAUCACAAUAUGGCAUAACCAUUUCCGGGUUUGAUGCAUUAAUUAGUGUGCUAUGCACAAUCCUCCCUCAUGGUCACAAGCUACCACCCAACCUUUAUGAGGCAAAGAAAUUCCUAGGUGCAUUGAACAUGCCAUACGAGAAGAUAGAUGUGUGCCCGAAUAAUUGCAUGCUCUUCAGGAAGGAAAAUGCAAAUAAAGAUCACUGUGAUAAGUGUGGUCAAUGUAGGUAUGUGGAGGUCCAGGGCAGCGAUGGUCAGAAAAGACAACUUAACAUUGCAAGGAAGGUCCUCCGGUAUUUAUCUAUCAUUCCUCGACUUCAGCGACAAUACAUGUCCGAGAGUCAAGCCAAACACAUGACUUGGCACAAGUAUGGCCAUCGAGACCACCCUAACAAAAUGGUUCACCCUUUAGAUGCUGAAGCAUGGCAGCAAUUCGAUAAAGACUUCCCUGACUUUGCUUUAGAUGCACGGAAUGUUAGGGUUGCUAUAGCAACAGAUGGGUUCAAUCCAUUUAGUAUGGUAGCCUCACCAUAUAGUUGUUGGCCUGUGUUUGUCAUUUCCCUAAAUCUUACACCUAGCCUUAUAAUGCAAAAGAAUAACAUCUUCCUUAGUCUACUAAUCCCUGGACCCAAAUAUCCUGGGAAGAAUGACAUAUGAUCGGGCUACAAAGAAGAACUUCAAAAUGCGUGUAUCUUACUUAUUCUCAAUCCAUGAUCUUCCAGCCUUGGGGCUAUUUUCAGGUCUCUGUGUCCAUGGAAAAUCACCAUGCCCAGAUUGCAGAGAGGGUCUAAAAGGGAUCUGGCUUAAGUAUGGUGGAAAAUUCUCAUUCUUUGAUUGUCAUUGACAAUUUCUUCCAAUGGAUCAUAGUUUUCGCAGAGAUAAAACUUCAUUUCGAUCAAAUGUUCAAGUCCUAACAGGGCCUCCCCGAAAGUUAACCAGUGAUGAGGUCCGUGCCCAAAUAGAUCAGCUUGUCCCACUUGAUGAGGGUGGUUUUGAUAAAUUUGGUGAGGAGCACAAUUGGACCCACAUUCCUGGCUUGUCGAGGCUGCCAUAUUAUCACAAACUACUUCUUCCUCACAACAUUGAUGUCAUGCACAAUGAGAGAAAUGUCAUGGAGGCAAUUUUUAACAUGGGCUUUGACAUUAGAGAUAAGACAAAGAAUAAUGUGAAGGCUCGGCUUGAUCAGGCAGUGCUAUGCAACAGGCCAUCUCUAAAUAUGGUGCAAAAGGAAGCUACAGGGAAGUGGGUGAAGCCAAGAGCUGAUUUCUGCCUAACUAGACCACAGAGAAAGGAGGUACUCGAAUGGUUUCGGACCUUGAAGUUUCCGGAUGGGUAUGCAGCAAACUUAAGAAGAGGGGUGAACAUUGAAACACUACGCAUCAAUGGAUUAAAGAGCCAUGAUUACCACAUAAUGAUGGAGCGCCUUAUGCCUGUCAUGUUACGAGGGUAUUUCCUAGAUCAGAUUUGGCAAGUGUUGGCUGAGUUAAGCUUCUUCUAUCGCAAGCUAUGUGCGAAGGAGAUAGAUCUCACGGAAAUAAAAACAAUGGAGCAAGAGGUGCAUGUCCUUCUUUGCAAGUUAGAGAAGAUCUUUCCACCAUGAUUUUUUGUUCCAAUGGUGCACCUAAUCCUUCACCUACCGUAUGAAGCACGAAUGGGAGGCCCUGUGCAAUACCGAUGGAGUUAUUGAAUGGAGAGACAACAAAAAGUAAUUAAAGGCAAAGUUAAAAAUCGUGCACGUGUUGAAGGAUGCAUAGUACAGUCUGAAAUACUAGAUGAAUUGUCCUUUUAUACUUCUGGAUAUUUUCCAGACCAUGUGCCCACUGUGCACAAUCCAAUCCCUCGAUACAAUCCAGAAGUUCUGUCAAAUGAUUGCGAACUGAGCCUAUUCUCAACCAAGGGUGAUACACUAGUCGUGGACACACUCGACACUUAAAAAGUGAUGAGUGGAGUGCAGCUAUGCUCUAUGUCCUAACGAACCUGCCCGAAGUGAAUGAUUAUGUGCGGUAUGAUAACUACAACUUUUUUAUGGAAAAAUAGCAUAUCCUUGAAUAGUUCUUUAAUAUGUCUUAUAUUUUCUCCAAAUGUAGUGAUUUCAUUGAACAGGAGUGGACCAGGAAUGGUGAGCCAAGUAAGAAACAAAAAGAAAACAUGCUACGGAAAGGGGCUAAAAAGAACUCUCCCAAUUUUGUAACUUGGUUCCGAAGUCUAGUAAUAUUCUAAUCCUUUCACUGCUCUUACUAUAACAAUAGCAUAUAAUCCUAUUCAUGACACCAUAUUACUUAUUUGUAGAGCCUACGGGAUAUGUGUAUGAGCGAUGACUUAAAGCAGGUAGCUGCAGGCUGCCACACUCGGGUGAAGACAUAUAAUACUUAUGAUGUUAAUGGGUUUCGUUUCCGAACAGACAAGUAUGAGAAGGAAAGGCCAAAUGCUGCAACCAUAAAUAGUGGUUUAGUAACUGUAGGGUAAGGAGAAAAUGAUGAAACAACUGAAUACUAUGGAUAUAUCAAAGAAAUUAUUGAGCUGUCAUUUGAUGGCAUAAAACCACUAAAUUUGGUCCUGUUCAAUUGCCAUUGGUUCCAUCCAAAUAGAGUUAGAUACACAUCAAGAUAUGGCUUGGUGGAGGUUGAACAUGAGUCAGUGCUCCCAGGAUAUGAGCCAUUUGUGGUCGCUCAACCAGCAACACAAGUGUACUACAUUCCAUACCCAUGCAAAUCAGUGCGUGAUCUUGCGAAAAGAUGGGUGGUAUACAAGGUCAGACAACCAGGUAAACUGCCUGCCCCAUCUGAUCAAGAUUAUGAAGGUGCACCCGUGUCUAUUGAAUUCUUUCAAGAGGAUGGACUUGAAGGCAACUUUGUAAUUGAUCUGGGGGAAGGACUUGAUGACAUGUCUAACAUUGAAAGAGAUGCUGAGGAGAUUGUUGACGAUGAUGACCUACGGUUGCUGAAUAGCUCAGAAAUACCUGCAGCAGCUCAAGAAGAUUUUGUCAUUGAAACAAUAAUAGAAUAUAGUGAUGAUGACUUAGCUGUCGUCUCUGAUGAGGAUGACCCCCGUCUUGAUGAGUAUUUCUGAGUCUUGGUUAUGUUAUAGUAUGGCCUUUGGUUAUAGUGGGAUUGAAGUUAUCUUAGUGUCUUGUUCUUGAUAAGAGUGGUCCAUGAACUAUUUUAUUUAUUCUUUCAAUCUCAUAUCAUUGUGAUUGGUGUUGUUAAAUAUAUUUUAUGACUAUACUAACAUUAUGUCUCUUAAGUUGUGUUCAAUUUCAGGUUCAUGAUGCGUAUUGCAUUAUCUUCUAGUAACCAGAACGGAUCAGCUUCCA